CAUUUGUUUUAUAUUCGUUGGGCCCCGCUGAACGGAAGCACAUCCAUACACGAUAGUGUCUGUUGCUGUGCUCAGGAAGACACGAUGGCACAAUCUGAUGCUGGAGAUGGGACAUCUGAUCUCCGAUCCACACCUCCCCUCUCUUCAGUGUUUGUACAUUCAGCCAUUUCGACCGAUGCUAGCGACGUCAGUGGCACAGCCUCAGGCCAACGGGUGGUCCUGUCAACCAUGGUCAACAGCAACACCUUGACCUCAGUCUUUUUCCGCUUCUGCAUUGGCCUGGUGCACACUGUCCUUGGAGGUGCGCUGACAGGGCAGAUGGUGGUGGUCACCGCUCAGAUCCUGGAGACUGUCAAAGUAGACGGGCUGCUCAUGGAGGACCUCAAUAACACACUGUCGAAUGACACCUGGGCGGGCCUCAGAGCCACUUAUCUGCCUACAGCUGUUGUUCAAUAUAAUCUGAUUGGGUCCUUUUUGGGCCUGUUUCUGACGGAGUGGGCUGGAAAAAGCACAUACUCCGAGUUCAUUAAAACGGUUCCAGAAAGGAUUCCGGAGGAUUCCAAAGUAAACAUCGAGGCCCUGAAUAUCGCUGGAUCUGUGUGUCUUAUGUUAAUUUGUGUAUUAUUUGCUGCUCUGGGUUAUACUUUUAAGCACUUUAUCAGACCUAAUGCAAAAGUUGUUAAGUUUUCUGCCUCUUCUUUUACCUUAUAUUGUUUCAUUCAUAUUAUAGGCUUUAGGAAAAGAUCCAACUUCGAGAUGAAAGUUUUUAAUGUUUUUUGUUUUCUCAUCUUCAUUAUCGUAAUUACUCUUAUUAUAAUGUUCAACUUCAGAUUUUUGCUUUUGACUAACCCUUUAUUCUUCAUUAUUAUCAUUGUGGCUAUUUUUGGAAAAAGAUAUGGUUUCUACUUCAACCCUGCACCAGUUCCAGUGAUGUUAAUGAUUGGUGAAGUAUUUGCCUUAUGCGGGACCAAUGUGCUUGACCAGCAAAAAGUAGAAUCAAAUACGACCGCUUUGGAGGGGCUAUUCUAUGGACUCUGGAAUAAUCAGCUGUUCACUAUGUCUCUCGCUAUGUCAGUCUUCGGUUCCUUGCAGACCGGAGACGCAAUCACCAUAUCUUUUGCUGCUUUGGGUUCAGGGGUGGCUAUUUUGAGCCUCAUCAAGGGAAUGAUAACUGUGCUGGAUCCAUGGCCCCUUCUGGGUGUUCUGACAGGGGUGGCGGCGGCAGCAGGCCUAGAUCUGUCUGUAGCCGGGACAGCAGCCGGCCGCUAUGGAUGGCCAGGAACGGUAGGGGCCGUACUGGGGGCCGGGGUGGGGGCGUUCCUGGGCUCCUUCUCCCUUGGAGGGGUAUCAAGUACCUUUAUUGCUCUGAGUACUGCUCUCAUUCCAGCUUUCAACCACCCCACAUUCCUUUUUCUGUUCAAAGAUGUAUUUGUAACAGAUUCUGAUCAGAGUGAAAGCCAGGCGACAGACAAUAUUCCAACCGCCCCAGAUAAUCCAAGGGAGGAAAGUGCCCCACCCCAGUUGAAAAAAAAAAAGAGAUUUUAUAACAGUUAAUAAAAGUUAUGCUUAAGCUAUAUUUAUGUUUGUAAGUCAUAAUAUUUACGGGUAUAUUUUUUAAAGGUCCCAUGGCAAGUUACUUUAUGGAUGCUUUUAUAUAUAGGUGUUAGUGGGCCCUUAAUACAGUUGAAGACGUUCAAGAAAAUUUUAUUUUAUUUUAUUUGCAUAGUCCUUAAUCACCAUUACAGUCUCAAAGGGCUUGACAGGCCAAAAAUGUAUGACACCCCCCUUUACCCCAUCCCCCAUAAGUGCAAGCAAAAACUCCCUUGAAAUUAGCAAGGAAGAAACCUUGAGAAGGAACCCUAACCCUAGCAGGGGAUCCUUACUAUGCCAAAUUCCAAAUCGGCGCAUCUGACCUUUCAUUUUUUUAAAUGCGCAGUAGGAUACCUAGUGCUCUUUUUACACCUAAAGCCAUAGCCACUGGGGGACCUUAGGCAGGCUAGGGGAGCUCAAUGUUAUAAAGUGAAAUUUCAUGCCAUGGGACCUUUAACAUAGAUUGAUUUCUCAGUCCUGAUAAAUAGCAAUAUUUAUGCAUGCCAGUCAUGUAAGUCAUAAUAUUUACGGGUAUAUUUUCAUUUUUGCCACGCUGUAAGGUUAACAGAUUGAUAAGGAGUUCUCAACUUGUAGAAUAGCCAGGCCUUAGAAGGCCCAUUAACUCUAGCAAUGAGUGAGUGGUGAGUGAUCGGUAUACAAGGUCGAUUAACAACCUUUUAUAAGGGAGGGUUCCAGUCCAGGAAUAGCGCUCUGAUUAGGAUCAACCUGCGUCUGAGGCAUCGGCGUGGACGGGGGAGAAGAACAGCAGGAGAUGGAUGGAAGGAGUAUCCAACAGUAUAUAGUGUUGGUGAUCAUGUGUGGAGCUCAGGCUUGACGUGCAGGGCUGUCAGGCAGCUAACUCUCACGGACGGAGGGACUGUCGGGCCUGAAACCUUUUGCCUUGGCCCUUGUAUGCUCUGUGACUGAUGCAUCUAAACUGACGUGUGUGCCGAUAGGACUCACUAUAUUGAUGCACCUAGCCGUUCCAGAAUCACUCCAGAAUCAUGCUGUGACACCAUGCUGUCAACAAGGUCACCAUAUAUAUAGGUGUGCCUACAUAUAUCUUACGAUAAAGUAAAUUGCUUGCUUUAUAAUUUCUUGUGUGCUUAUAUAUAUCCUAUGAUAGAGUAAAUUGUUUACUUUAUAACUUCUUGUGUGCUUACAUAUAUCCUAUGAUAGAGUAAAUUGUUUACUUUAUAACUUCUUGUGUGCUUACAUAUAUCCUAUGAUAAAGUAAAUUGUUUACUUUAUAACUUCUUGUGUACCUCAUAUAUCUUAUGAGAAAGUAAAUUGCUUACUUUAUAAAUUCUUGUGUGCCUUAUAUCUUAUGAGAAAGUAAAUUGCUUACUUUAGAUAUUCUUAUGUGUUAAAAUUGUGUGCCUUAAAAUGUCUUACCAUAGAGCCAACUGGUUACAUUAUAUACCCUUUUUAUGUAGUAAAUUGAAUGUUUAAACAUAUCUCCUUGUGGAGAAACAUUGGAGGAAUACAAAGAACAUGUGUCCCUUGUGGAACGUUUAUCAAAGGAUCUUUUGUUAUCAGAAGGGUAAAGCAGGGAGAUCUGCAGAGAGAGCCCAGUCGUUCGUUUUGGUUUUCUGCUGUUGGUGUGGUGUCGUGUGCUCCUCUCUGCCCUGCUCCUCUGCUUCCAAAAAACUGCGGCCUUCAUAGCAAUAGAUUUUCAUCUUAAGGACUCUGACACCGUAGCGCUCGGUUCAGACUCUAUUUCUUUUUAGUUUAGAUUUAGAAAUCCAACCCCUCAAGUGUUUCGCCUGGGAGAACGUUGGUAACUCAGUUUUAGAAACCCAACCUCGGGCCCCACCCGGGAGAACGUUGGUACUUAGAAAUCCAACCUCAAGGGUGCUUCUUGGGAGAACGUUGGUACUUUUAAUAGGAAUCCUCUUUAGCACUAGCUUAGUCUCAAGCGUGAUUAAACAAAGGCAACUCUCGGGGUCAUGCGGUGUACUGAGGCACGAGAGUUGCGUCAACGUUAAAACCUGGGCUCCACUUGGGAAACGUUGUUAAAUUUAGUCUUAAAAACCCAACCUCGGGCUUCACCUGGGAGAACGUUGGUACUUAGACUUAGAAACCCAACCUCAAAGGCUCUUCUUGGGAGAACGUUGGUACUUUUAAUAGGCCAUUCUUCAUCUAUUUUCUUCUUCUUUUACUGUCUUUUCUUUUCAAAUCUAUACUCAGUUGUAAAAGUGAUUGUGUUUAUUGGACCUAAGAAUAAAUCUACCUGACUACAUUUGUAGUAGGUAAACUCAAUCGUUCGAGUCCUUUUCCAUGUCGACUCCUCGACACAGGCAAAGCAGAACAACUCGCUCUCCCAGCUGAUCCCCUCACGGUAAGUGGCGCAUAGUACAAGCAAUGGUUGAUUGUGACUGACGUGUAUAGAG